AAGUAUCCCUCCUCUAAACAUAGCAACUAAAGCCUAAGUUACUACAUAUCAAAGUAAACACCAAAAAGCCGAUUCUUUACUCUGAUACUGAUACCAACUGCCCCUGUUCAUCUCUCUAUAAAUCAUUCUACUUCUAGCUGCCACAUAUACAGGGUUUUGAAGCUAAAAUAUUGAAAAUGGAAAAUGGGGUUGGUAAGCCUAUAAAAGUUAGGGUCGGGAAUGAGAAAGUAGAGGAUAGGGUUCAGGUGGGCUCUGAUGAGUCAAAAGAUGCAGAGGAGGAGGUCUUUGAGGAGGCGGUUGACCGUGCACUUGAUCAAGAAACAGAAGAUGCAUCAGGAGAUGAUCAUCUUGUUGUUGUUGAUUCAGGUUUACCAGUGGCUGAUGAAAAUUCAAGUGUAGGUGGUGAAAUGGAGAGUUUUGAGGAGGCUACUUCUGUUCCCACUGAGGUUGGGAAUGUUGAUUUGGGUGAGGAUGAAGUGGAGGAUUUGGUAGGAGAGGAGCCUGUUAAUGGGGUUGUGGUGCCUGAUAAGAUUGAUGAGGGAGGGACUGUGGGUAAAGCCAUGAGUGGUGAAUUGAUUGGAGCAGAUGUUCCAGCUAAGAUUGAUGAGGGAGCAGAGGUAUCUGAGGUUGGUGCAAGAGUUGAAAGUGUAGUUUCCAAGGUCUUGGUUGAUAGGCCUGAAAAUGGGGAUUCUAAGGAGGUGAAUUUUGAGGAAUCUCCAGUUCAUGAAAAAUUGGAAAAUGGAAAUCUCAUGGUUGGAAAAGAUAGAGAAAUUGAUUUGAGUGGGGACAUUCUGCCUGAAGAUGGUGAAAGUGGAGAAGUGAAGGAGGGUAAAUUUGUUGUUGAAUCUCAAGAUGACAAGUCUGCAGAACCUAUUGAUUCAGCACCUGGCUCUCAUAUGGUGCUUCUGGAUGAUAGGAAUGAAGAACCGAAUGAUAAGUUGACUAGUUUGAAUGAGGAGCAUCAGAUAAAUGAGACUGAGGAAUUGAGAGAUGCUAUAUCUGGGGUAGGCGCUGUGCAAGCUAAUGGUGUAAAUGGGGAAAUGGAAGAUAUUUCUGCUGAAAUUGAUUUAGAGCAUCUGGAAGAGGCUUGCAAACUGGAAGGCACUUCAGCUGACUCACCUAAAGAUGUUGUGGAAGGGACAGUGGCCCCUGAAAUUGGAAGCUCACCUUCUUUACAGAAAAAUACAGAUGAGGUGAAUGAGAAUAUUCAGGAGGGUUCCACUGAUUCAAGCACUGAUUCUCAACCUCAAAGUGCAGGUGAAAUAGUCAGGGAGGUUCAUGUUGUGGCUGAAAGGCCUGAAAAGAAAGCAGAAAAGGGUAGGGAAGAGAAUCAGAGAAGUGGUCAGGUGAUAAGAGAAUGUGAUCUUCAGCCUGAAUCUGAGAUUUCUUCUUCAACUUCAAGUUCAACAAAUCCUCCUCCUAAACGCCCUGCAUCAGAGAUUUCCUCUUCAACAUCAAGCUCAACAAAUCCUCCCAAUCGCCUUGCACCUCCUGCUGGCCUUGGACGUGCUGCCCCACUUUUGGAACCUGCACCUCGAGUUGUGCAACAGCCUAAUGUAAAUGGAGCUGCAUCCCAUACACAAACCCAGCAAAUAGAAGACCCUAGCAAUGGGGAGUCUGAGGAGUAUGAUGAAACUCGUGAAAAACUUCAGAUGAUCAGGGUGAAGUUCUUGCGUCUUGCGCAUAGGCUUGGGCAGACUCCACACAAUGUUGUCGUGGCUCAGGUGUUGUACAGACUGGGGUUAGCCGAACAGCUGCGUGGGAGAAAUGGCGGUCGUGUUGGUGCCUUCAGCUUUGACCGUGCAAGUGCUAUGGCAGAGCAGCUUGAGGCAGCUGGGCAGGAACCACUUGAUUUCUCUUGUACUAUUAUGGUACUUGGAAAGAGUGGAGUCGGUAAAAGUGCUACCAUUAAUUCAAUAUUCGAUGAAGUAAAGUUCAAUACGGAUGCUUUUCAGAUAGGUACAAAGAAAGUUCAGGAUGUUGUGGGUACUGUGCAGGGAAUUAGGGUACGGGUUAUCGAUACUCCAGGCCUUCUACCUUCCUGGUCAGAUCAACGACAAAAUGAGAAGAUCCUACACUCUGUUAAGUGUUUUAUCAAGAAAACACCCCCAGAUAUUGUGCUAUAUCUUGAUAGGUUGGAUAUGCAAAGCAGGGAUUUUGGUGAUAUGCCUCUGUUACGCACCAUCACUGAGAUAUUUGGACCAUCUAUAUGGUUUAAUGCAAUUGUGGUUCUAACUCAUGCAGCUUCUGCUCCACCUGAUGGCCCGAAUGGUACUGCCUCUAGUUAUGACAUGUUUGUCACUCAACGUUCUCUUGUUGUCCAGCAAGCCAUUCGGCAGGCAGCUGGGGACAUGCGGCUCAUGAAUCCUGUUUCAUUGGUGGAGAACCAUUCUGCAUGCCGAACAAAUAGAGCUGGGCAGAGAGUCUUGCCAAAUGGUCAGGUUUGGAAGCCUCACCUAUUAUUGCUCUCUUUUGCAUCCAAAAUUCUGGCUGAAGCAAAUGCCCUUUUAAAGUUGCAAGAUACUCCACCUGGGAAGCCUUUUACAACUCGAUCUAGGGCUCCUCCUUUACCUUUCCUUCUUUCAUCCCUUCUCCAAUCAAGACCACAAGUCAAACUGCCUGAGGAGCAGUUUGGUGAUGAGGACAGUCUAGAUGAUGAUUUGGAUGAAUCAUCAGAAUCUGAAGAUGAAUCAGAAUUGGAUGAAUUGCCACCAUUUAAACGUUUGACGAGGGCCCAGGUGGGAAAUCUUUCUAGAUCUCAGAGGAAGGCAUAUUUUGAUGAGUUAGAGUAUAGGGAAAAAUUAUUUAUGAAGAAACAGUUGAAAGAAGAAAAACGGAGACGGAAGAUGAUGAAAAAAAUGGCAGCUGCAACUCAAGAUGUGCCGAGUGACUACAAUGAUAACGCAGAGCAGGAAAGUGGUGGUGCAGCAUCUGUGCCAGUUCCUAUGCCAGAUUUAGCGUUACCUGCUUCUUUUGACUCUGAUAAUCCUACUCACCGGUACCGUUAUCUUGAUUCAUCCAACCAAUGGCUUGUGAGGCCUGUAUUAGAAACUCAUGGCUGGGAUCAUGAUGUUGGUUAUGAAGGUAUAAAUGUAGAAAGAUUGUUUGUUGCUAAAAAUAAAAUUCCAGUAUCAUUUUCUGGCCAGCUUACAAAGGAUAAGAGAGAUGCCAAUGUGCAAAUGGAAAUGACCAGUUCUCUAAAGCAUGGUGAAGGGAAGGUAACAUCUUUAGGUUUUGAUAUGCAGACUGUUGGAAAGGACUUGGCUUAUACACUGCGUGGUGAGACAAAAUUUACUAACUUUAGGAGGAAUAAGGCUACAGCUGGUCUCUCAAUUACCCAAAUGGGUGAUUCCUUAUCAGGUGGCAUGAAAGUUGAAGACAAAUUGAUUGUGAACAAACAAUUCAGGGUGGUUAUGACUGGUGGUGCAAUGACCAGUCGCGGUGAUGUUGCUUAUGGAGGCAGUUUGGAGGCUCAGUUGAGAGAUAAGGACUAUCCUCUUGGACGUUCACUGUCUACUUUUGGUCUCUCUGUAAUGGAUUGGCAUGGAGACCUAGCCAUUGGAUGCAACAUACAGUCCCAGGUACCCAUUGGACGAUCAACAAAUAUGAUUGCUCGAGCCAAUCUGAAUAACAGAGGGGCAGGACAAGUCAGUAUUCGCUUUAAUAGUUCUGAACAGCUUCAAUUAGCAUUAAUUGGCCUCAUUCCUCUACUUAAAAAAUGUUUGGUUAUCAUCAACAAAGUCAGUUUGGACAAUGAUGAAAAUUAGGUUUACAUUUUCUGCUGUAGCCUUGCAGUUGUAGGACCAAAAAAAUAUAUAUUUGAACUAGCAGUGGUCAUCAUCAAGAGGGAGUUCAUGUAAGAUGUGGUUUCUUCUUUCUUUCUCUUUUAUAUUAAAUCUUUCUGGUUAUUGAGACUGUAGUGUUUUUGUUAGAUGUUGAAUAUGAUGAUUUUUGUUCCUGUUGAGCCAA